CAGCCUGAGCCUGCGAGAAAAAUCAUUUGGUGAGGAGAGAAGCAAAAGGGAUCUGCAGACUUGGACGCUGUUGGCCUUAUGGUUAAAUCCAACCUUCAGACGAUAUUAAAUAGCCACUGUUUUGUCAGAGAAAAAGAGAAAACCACAUCUACAAUGCCAGUUAACGAACUGCCCAGUAAUAACCCCGAAAGUGAAAGCACCUCCAGUCCGAGGUGGUGUUCCCGCUGUUGCAGUAACCCCUGUCCGGGGCCUCUGUGGUGUUCCGAUGCCCCUCGCCCACCCCUGAAGAUCCCAGGUGGGCGAGGAAAUGACCAGCGGGAUCGCAAUCUUUCAGCUAAGCUAUUCUACUCUGAUGCUCGGUUGCUGGUUCUUGAGGAGCCUCCCCCCACCAACGGCAGAGUCCGUUUCCUACUUUUUGAGCCCCGUCGCUCAGUGGGCAAGCACUGUGUCUGGAGGGGGGCACUGAAAGGGAGGAACAUCUAUAUCGAGAUCCCCCCUGGAGCCCUGCCUGAGGGCAGCAAAGACAGUUUCGCUCUCCUGCUGGAGUUUGCGGAAGAGAAGCUGCAGGUUGACCAUGUCUUCAUCUGCUUCCACAAGAACCGAGACGACAGAGCAUCUCUGCUGCGUACCUUCAGCUUCCUGGGCUUUGAGAUUGUGAGACCAGGUCAUCCCCUCGUCCCUACCCGCCCCGACGCUUUCUUCAUGGCUUACAGCAUCGAACGAGACUCCUCUGACGACGAAUAACCGAUCACACACAAGUUUGCUUUUAUGUACCCUUCCCCAUCCCACUCUAUCACUUAGGGAAAAUACAUAUUAUCAAAACUCAGUAAGUUGAGGUUUCCUGUGAAAUUUUCUGUUUAUUACCUUUGAUGUGCUGUAUUACAAUGACAUUUGCACUAGUGUGUAAUGUUAAACCAGGAAUGUACACAUCUGGAAAAUGUUUCCUCACCACUGUAAUCAUUUCCAUGUGUAGUGCUGAUUUCCCCCUCCCCCAUCCACCACAAUGAUAAUCUCUAGGAUGUAAUAUUUAUGGUAAUUUCCAUGCAGCAUACUCAUGUAAUUAGUUAUGUUUUUUGGGCUAUUUCAAGUUGAUUUUCAUGUUUAGUAAAAAAAAAUGUGUGCAUGAAUUUCGAUUUCUAGUUUUGAUUCACUUGACUGAAAUCUGCAUGUUGUAACAAGUGCGCGAAUAAAAGUGCUCACCUUAACAAGUGGA